GCUCUCUCUGUCCCUCAAACCUUGUGACCAUGGCCAUUAUAAAUAGCCAUCCAUAUCAAAGCCAAAACCAUCCACAUCUUCUCCUGCUCUCACUUGACAAAGCACUAUCUAGCCAUGAAAAUGAGCAUGACAGGCCAGCCAAAGGGUCACCUAUGGCUGGUCUUCACCAUGUUGUUUGUCACUUUUGCAAUGCACGGUGAGGGAGCGAGCAGCUUUGCACCACCUUCUCUUUCCAUAUCACCAACAUAUGAUCCUGUUAUUAAGGUGAUAGGGAAGGUGUACUGCUACAGAUGCUUCAAUGAGGCACACCCAGAAGAAUCCCAUGGGAAAAGGCACCUGGAAGGAGCCAUGGUCAAGGUCACUUGUCAGGCAAAUGACCAAGCACUCGUGGCAUUUGGUUACACCAGAAGCAAUGGCAAAUACAGUGUGAUCCUUAAGGGAUUGCCAAUUAGCAACACCUAUGGGGCCGACUCGUGUAAGGUCGAGCUCCAUGGAGCACCAGGAGGAUCAGACUGCAAUGUGCCAAUUGAGUUAAAUUUGUCUGGGCUCAGUGUUUACUCCAAGUCAAGCAAGGAGGUGGUUCUCCAAGCGAACCAGAUAAUGGCAUUUGCAUCAAAGAAUACCUUGGAAUGUUCAAAACCUCACAUGCCACCACCGGCGCAUCCCUACAAUUCCCCGCAACUCCCUUACCAGUAUCCCUCGCCUCCGGCUAGCCAUAAGUCCCAACCAUUGCCUUAUCAACAUUCGCCACCUCCUUCUAACCUGUUUCCUCCUCCAGCUUACCAGUACCCAUCACCUCCACUAAACAACUAUGCUUCACCGCCACCUUACCUACAGUCCACACUUCCAAACAGCUACCAAUCACCACCACCUCUACAAGGCGUCAAUUCUCCAGUACCAUCCCACAAGUAUUUACCACCUCCAUACUACUACAACUCUCCACCACCAUACGUUUCAAAAAAAAACUCUCCACCACCACAAUACCAGUACAACUACGUACCUCCGCCACUAGCUAACCAGUAUCCCCCACCUCCAUACAUCCACAGUUCACCACUUCUACCAUCAUCAACAGGAACUACAUACCAAUAUAACUCUCCGCCUCCGUACCAGUAUGCACCACCUCCACAUAGCCAUCAAUCUUCACCGCCACCUGCCCAGUAUUCCCCACAAUUACCUCCAAAUGCUCCAAACAAUCUGCAUCCAAGUGUCCCUCAUGCAAAGUCUCCACCAGUAUCUUCAGCAUCUCCACAUCCUCUUUACCAGCACAACUCUCCACCACCUCCAAUUGAAGCUCUGUCGGCACCAACGCCACCUCUGCACUCCUAUCAAUCCCCACCACCAACAAAUCAGCUAUCUUAAGCAUCAACAUGGGGCUCUUUAAGUGGCCAGGCGUGAGCAGAAUAAACAAAAGACCUGAAGCCUAUUUCGAUUAUCGAGAGGAAUCAUAGCUGGAGGCUUCUGCUUCCAUCUCAGUAUUCUAGAGUUGUUUAUUGCAUUGUCUAGAGUUGUUGCAGUUUACAUUCCACUGCCUAUAGCUAUUUCAGCAAUGUAAUCAUAAGUUCGAUGAGCUUUCUUAGUAGCUCUACCAAUGAAAUAUAUGGUGUACUCAUUGCAGUUAAAAAAAUUAGCCUUUUGUGUUUCUGCCCUUA